GAUAGUGCCAUCGAUAAUGCUGAUAAGGGUACUCCACAAGAGAGUUGGCAGUUUUUUUCCAUAUGAAAAGUUGGCAGCUCACAAAUUGGAACUGAUUUAGCCCAGCUGUUUUAUCAACAGUAAACAACAUGGCAUUCUGCAUUGCAAUUAUUGGGAAGGACAAUGCGCCACUGUACUUGGUUACAUCGGAUGUGGAAAAGGAGUUGGACCUUCAGUACCGAGUUCACGCCGCACUAGAUGUCGUGGAAGAGAAGUGUCAGCUCCUGGGCAAAGGCGCUCCGGAGACGAAGGAACUAUACCUUGGACUGUUAUAUUCAACAGAAACACAUAAAAUCUAUGGCUUCGUUACAAAUUCCAAAAUUAAAUUUAUAAUAGUAAUCGACUCUAGUAACGUUGCGCUACGUGAGAAUGAAGUUCGUGCGAUGUUCCGAAAUCUGCACAUAUUAUGGAAUGAUGCCGUUUGCAAUCCAUUUUAUAUUCCAGGAGAGCAACUGAAUUCAAAAAAAUUUGACCGAGCGGUACAAAAAUUAAUGAGUGGCAAUGUUUAGCCAGAUAGUAAAUGUCUCUAUGCACGUUUUUACUUUGUGUAUUAAACUACAGACGAUAAAUAUACUUUGCCCCGUGGGCGGAAUAAUCAUUUUAGUAAAUAAAUAAAUGCAUAUUAUAUAUACAAAUAUAAUGUUUAAGAUCAAUAUAAUAAAUAAAAAAUUUAUAAAAAUUUACAGUGCUUGAAUAAACAA